AUGAUGGGGAGAGAGCAGGAACUGAUCCAAGCUGUGAAAAAUGGAGACGUACUUGGUGUGCAGAAAUUGGUGGCUAAGGUCAAGGCAUCCAAAACUAAACUCUUGGGAUCAACAAAGAGGCUGAAUGUGAACUACCAGGAUGUGGAUGGGUUUUCUGCGCUGCACCAUGCAGCCCUGGUUGGAAGCCUGGAGCUUAUUUCCUUGCUGUUGGAAGCACAAGCCACUGUGGAUAUUAAGGACAUCAAUGGAAUGCGCCCACUACACUAUGCUGCCUGGCAAGGGAAGGUGGAGCCAGUGCGCCUACUGCUACGGGCAGCUGCUUCAGUCAACAUGGCAUCACUGGAUGGACAGAUCCCAUUGCACCUUUCUGCACAAUAUGGCCAUUAUGAGGUGUCAGAGAUGCUGCUCCAGCACCAGUCCAACCCAUGCCUCGUCAACAAGGCCAAGAAAACCCCCCUGGAUCUGGCUUGUGAGUUUGGAAGGCUGAAGGUGGCCCAGCUGCUUCUGAACAGCCACCUGUGUGUUUCUUUGCUCGAGGGACAAUCGAAAGACACAACUGACCCCAACUACACAACUCCUCUGCACCUGGCAGCCAAGAAUGGGCACAAAGAGAUCAUCAGGCAGCUUCUGAAAGCUGGAAUCGAGAUCAACAAGCAGACAAAGUCGGGCACGGCCCUGCACGAGGCAGCGCUGUACGGGAAGACGGAGGUGGUGCGCCUGUUGCUGCAAGGCGGCAUCGAUGUCAACAUUCGCAACACCUACAACCAGACAGCCCUGGACAUUGUGAAUCAAUUCACCACCUCACACGCCAGCAAGGACAUCAAACAACUACUGCGAGAGGCAUCAGGAAUCCUGAAAGUCCGAGCUCUGAAGGAUUUUUGGAACCUCCAUGACCCAACAGCCCUGAACAUCCGUGCCGGAGAUGUCAUCACGGUCCUGGAGCAGCAUGCAGACGGACGCUGGAAGGGCCACAUCCACGAUGCUCAGAAAGGCACGGACCGAGUUGGCUACUUCCCUCCAUCCAUUGUAGAAGUCAUCAGCAAGCGCACAGCAGGUGAUAGGAACAGUGUGGGCAGCGAGGGCAGCAUUGGAAGCAUCCGGAGUGCUGGCAGUGGGCAGAGCACUGAGGGUACCAAUGGCCAGAGCACCGGACUCCUCAUUGAGAACGUGAAGCCACUUUCACCUGGUGGGGAAGAUCUAUAUCAGCAUCUCUUGGGCUCCAAUUCUCAGAAUGGCCAGACAAAUCCCAUGAUAGGGACUCUGGCGCACGAGAACCUCACCAACUACAACACCAGUGACAGGAUCUUCUCCCACCAGUACCUACGGCCAGAGCAGCUCCUAGAGGGGAAGGAUGCUGAAGCUAUAUACAAUUGGCUGAGUGAAUUCCAGCUGGAGUGCUACACAGGCAACUUCCUGAAUUCAGGCUACGAUGUGCCGACGAUCAGCCGCAUGACUCCGGAGGAUCUCACAGCCAUUGGGGUGACAAAACCAGGCCACAGGAAGAAAAUCUCCACUGAAAUUGGGCAGCUCAGCAUUGCCGAGUGGCUUCCCAGUUACAUCCCUGACGACCUGAUGGAAUGGCUGAGUGCAAUUGGACUACCCCAGUAUCACAAGAAGCUGGUGAGCAACGGCUACGACUCCAUCAGCAUAGUGACAGAUCUGACCUGGGAGGAUUUGCAGGAGAUUGGCAUUAACAAGCUUGGCCACCAAAAGAAGAUCAUGCUGGCUGUCAAGAAGUUGACAGAUCUCCGCAGGAGCCUGAACCAGGCGGAUGCCAACACUCUGAGGCGGAAGAUCCCCGGCGCCUUAGACAUUGUCACCAUUGAGUCUGUUGAGAAUGGGGAGUGCCACUCUCCCCACACCCCCAAGAUGACCACUUUCCAGGACAGCGAGCUGAGCUAUGAGCUCCAGACAGCCAUGUCCAACAGCUGCCAGGAGACGCUGACCAUCAAGAAUACUCAGGGCAUCUCCCGGAGCCAGGAGAGCAUUGGCAUGCGCUCCAGGGGGUCAGGGCACUCGCAGGAGAACAUGUUGUCCCAAAGUGCCGCCUCAAGCCGUUCUCAGGAGAGCCUGGGCAGUGGCGAAAGCAGCAGCAGUAGCAGUGGCGGGCGCUCUUCCACCCAAAACCCCCUCGUGGACAAUUCCACUAACUCUCAGGGGCGACCCAGCCCAGAAAGCUAUGGGACGUUCAUUCCACAGCUCAGUUGCCCAGAUGGAGUCAAUGGCUAUUCCAAUGGUUGUGCAGGAAGUCCCUUGAGGGAGAGAAAUCUGCCUGAAGGCAUGGAUCAGUACCAGAGACCCAGUGCCCUGAAAGGGGAUUUCCUUCCCUAUGCAGUUCCAUCAGAGCCACCAAGCGCAUCUCCCUGCACAUCACCCCACACGGCCAGCAAGAGAACCGCCCCCUAUGUCUUCAUGUAUCCCCACAUGUCAGUGAAGGCACAGCAACCUCACUCGCCUUCUGUUCCUGAGCAGACCAAGACACCAGACCAUGCCUGCGCUCAGAGGACCACCCUACAAUCAACGGCUCAGAAAGCUUUUUCCUAUCUCUAUUCCCACUGUGGGGGCACAGAGCUGCCUCAAGUGCCCCCAAAGCCUGCUGCUCCCACCACCUCCAGGGAGCCACAGAAUGGUGAGGGGCUGAAGCAUAAGAAACGUUCACACAGCUUGAACCGCUAUGCGCUGAGUGACGGGGAAGCUGAGGAGGAGGAGGAGCCUCCCACUAGCUCAGUGGGCUCUUACGCUACCUUGACCAGACGGCCCGGACGGAGCCAGGUGCCACGGACGCAGCCACCCCCAGAUGCUAAGGUUUCACGCAGCCAGUCCUUUGCCAUCCGUGCCAGAAGGAAAGGCCCUCCACCCCCUCCUCCCAAACGCCUCAGCUCCGUCUCUAGCGCACAGGCUGUGGAUGCUGAGUAUGAACAAGGCUUAGAACCACAGAAAGGGCCUUUAGCUUCUGAAGGCGGAGGAGAUAAUCUUCACAAUAUGGGCUGUCCUUUACAAAGUGUAUCAGCCGUACCUGAGGGACCCGCAAGUGAGGAGAGCCCAAGUAAGCCUCUUCAGUCCCCAGACCCCACGAGGUCUGAUGAGGAGGCAGGCCUACACAAUGCCACUGAAGGGGACCCUGGCGGCACUGAAGCGACUAGUGGCAGAAGCCAGCUCUUUGAAAGCAACAUUCCCAGGAGACGGACGUUUAGUGAGCCUACGGUCACCGUGACUGAAGCUUUGCCACAGAGCCACGAGGACAUCCAGUCAGACGGUGAUGAAGAGGCCCAGGUGGGGAAAGAUGGCCAAGCCCAGUCUCCCUGCUCUUCCCAGAGCAGUUCCAGUGAGUGCCUUCCCUUUGCAGAGGAAGGCAAUCUGACCAUCAAGCAGCGACCGAAGCCCGUUGGGCAGCUAAAGACAGAUGCCACCAUGCCAGACUCUGAUUCUGACCAAGCUCAGUCCGGUGGCAAAGAACAAGGAGACCCAGCAAGAGAGGCCCCCGUACCAGAGUUCAACCUCACUGAAUCUGACACAGUGAAGCGCAGGCCCAGGUGCAAAGAGAGGGAGCCCCUCCAAAAUGUGCUGAAGGCUUUUGGCGUCGAUGUCCCCAGCCCAGCCACAGCGGCUCCGGCACCACAAUACGCCCAGGCUCAGAUAGUAAGCAUCAGCGGACCAUCCUUGCACGUGACGGAGCUGCAGUCCACUGGAGACACGUUGGAUGACGACAGCAUGGAACUGCAGAUUGCUGAGAUAGAGAAAAGCAUCCUUUCUCUGGAGAGGGGAAUCAAGAAGCCUCCUUCCUCUUUGAAACCAACCAGCCCAGUGCCACUGCAGACGGAGAGACAAGGACGAUUGGUCCAGCUGAGGGCACCAGUCACAGGGACAAAUGACUCAGCCAAGCACACAUCCAUUGCUUCUACCAAACUGGUAUUUUCAGGGCCGAAGACGAUCUACCAGCAAGUCCUGCAGAACUCCCGCAACACUGUGGCCCCCUGGGCAGCCACUGAAAUGGUGUCAGAAGCGACAGGACCCUACCCCAUGAAACUGGGGCUUGGUAGCAAGCCAGCCUUGAAUGUUGGUGCAACAAGGCCAUUGAACGCCUCUCCAGACAUGGCUCAGGUUCAGCAAAGACUGGAACAAACCAACUCAUCCUUGGUGUCCACUCUCGAGGCUGCUGAAAAGAAGAUCAUCCCAGAAGCAGCACGGAGCCACUACGGGACCGUGCACUCCACCAAGAACAUCCUGGAAGACAUCAGCAACAUGUUUGAUGAUCUAGCAGAGCAGCUGGAUGCCAUGUUGGACUGAGGGCAAGCUCCUCCUCUCCUGGGCUGCAGGUUUCUUCUCCUGCCGCACUGUGCUUGACUAAUGGACAGCCCUGAGUAGGUGGCCCUGCAACUACUUCUGAUCUCCGAUUUCUGUACAUUGCCACGUUGCUCACCUCGCAGCUCCCAUGGGGGGGGGGGACAGGGGUGGGGGGGGACAGUCUCAGGCAUAACACCUCGCUUAGGCUAACUGCAGCCAGUCACACUCUGGGACCCGCGUCUCUGAGAUGCUACUUGGACUCGCUGUUGAGGAAAGGCUGAUGCCAGAGAGCCUCCCCUGAGCCUCUGGCCUCUUCCAAAUGCAAUACCCCAAACAUCUCCAUUCCUGCAUUUUGUCAUUUACAGGUUGCCAAUAAUAUGUCACCGUGGGUGGUGGCAGCAGCAAGGGGACCAGGCACUCAAUAAGGACCACUGCCCUUGGUUGCCAAAGUGGAAAAAGAUUGGUAGGCUGGCACUUUGCAGAGCAAGACAAGUCCUUGCUGCUUCCCCCCCCCCCCCCAAACACUAGGAGAGAAGUACCGUGUAAUCUGGGUGGAUUGAAAUCCUCCCCCUCAGUUCCCCCUUCUCUUCUUCUAAAGCAGCUGGCCAGACUCAAAAGUUCUCAGAGGAACAAACUGGGCUCAACAUUUCAACAAGAAGCUUUUCAGUGGGACUGAAAACUACUUGACCUUCUUUCCAAGUACCUUGGCCGUGUUCAUCAUGCCUGGAGUGGGAAGGGAGGGGAGAGGUCUUCCACUCCCCCCCCCCCUUCUGUAGUAUCUGGGGGGGGGGAAAUGCUGAUUAGUGUUAGAGUGUAUAUAGCACCCUCUUGUGACAAAGGGAUGCCUAUCAUAUCAAAUCACUCUCCGUUGUAGCUGUAUGAAAAGUGAUUUUUUUUGCCCCUCAGCUGCAAAUCCUCUUCCCUUGCCCUUUGUCCUAUAGGCAACAGAUAUGACAGCCAAAAGAGACACGUCCUUUUUCAUAAAAUGAACUCUGGCAGGACUUGGGCAACUGACAAAGCUGCCUCCCAAGGCCCUUACUCUACAGCAAGAGGCUAACUGAGCUGCUUGUCCACAGUGAGCUAAGCAGCCCAUUGCUUCUUUGAAAACAGGGCCCAGUGGACAGUCCCACCUCCUUCAUGGUGUUCUGCACUGAAGAGGAAGACCUUGUGCAUCUGUAUACCAUAUAUUUAAACAAGACCAAGAUGGUGCCAAGCUGGCCUAACAUGACCAAGCAAGAGAGUGGAAAACAAAAUUGCACAAUUGGUACUUGCGUGCCAUAUGCUGUGAAUGGAAUAAAAACCACCAGGGAACCGUGUUUUAGAAUGGAAAAUGAAAUGUACAGCCCAGCGCUGGGCCAGCUAUGCCAGCAGUGAAGGCAUACAUGGCAAUUCAAGUGUUUAGAAUUAGAGUCCUUGAUCCUGGUAUCAUUGGGAAGGCUUCUGCAGAGAGUUUCAAUGCAGGAUUUAAAAAAAACAACACAUAAACUUUUAAUGGAUCAUGGAUGGGAGCCUCUGCCGACACUGGCAUUCGCCUGGGAAGAUCAAAAGCAAUAAGCCUGGUUGCAUUUUAGAGCUACCACAGAGCCUAACAUGGCUUUGGUGCAAAUUUUCUGCUGUACAAUACCCUUUCUCUUUGGACCCAUAGCAUUAGGGCUAUUUUUGGGCAGGAACGCACAGGAACGGAGUUCCGGCUGGCUCCCGAGUUGGCC